AAAAAUGAUAACUAGAAGAAAAUUGACGUGCUUAGCUUAUCUUGUCGGUUUAUUUGUUUAUCUGUCAGAUGGGCAAAGAUCAUGCCCAGCAGUUAAUUAUAUAACUCCAAGUGAAGCCAGCACAGAAGGUGGUUCAGCUAUUAUGAUUUUUGGAUGUGGAUUUGAACAAAGUGCAUUUGUACUACCUGGAUCGAAUUCUAACACUGGGAAUCGUGUACUACUCCAAAAUGCUUGGCAAACUUAUAGAGCUGAAUUAAUUGAAGAAGGAGGCAGUAUGAUUAAAUUUUCUUCACCAAAACUUCCAGAAGAUACUUAUACAGUUAUGGUUACUGUUUCCGGAAUAUUAAUACCAAAUGCAAGAAUGUGUUAUGGAUAUACAUGCACUUUAACAAUUAAAUCAUCAGUAACUCCUACUAUUGAGAAGGUAUCACCUAUCUAUGCUCCACCAGGCUCAGUUAUUGGAUUGAAUGGAACAAUUUUCACUAGUCGAUUUAGUUCAAAUUUAGAUGUUUUCACAGUUGGCAGACCACAAAGUAUCAUUAGGAUAUACGAUGGUCCAGGAAAUUGUGAACCUCAGCUACCAAACAGUGACUUGUACUAUGGUAUUGGUCUACUUUCUCCUACAUCAGACAAAGGUUAUAUCAUGUGUAAACGAAGUGUAUCAUAUACAGGUUCUGUGAACAUCAGUUUCAUAGUUGAUGCACCAUAUGGAAGAAGUAAAACUUUGGAAUCAGUUUAUCGAGUUGACAGAAAUGAAAAAACUUUUAUGCAUCAAUCUUAUUCCGUUAUCAGCAAUGUUACAUCCAUUCAAACAUCUUCGUUUGGAGGCGGCUCAAUUGAAAUUACAGGAGAAUAUUUAAAUUCUCAAAAUGAUAUUGAAAUCUCUGUAGGAUAUACAAAAUGUUCACCAACAUUGGUAAAUUCAACGUAUAUUAAUUGUAUCCUUGAUCAAAUUGAACAAACGCCAAAACCUAAAUUUUAUCCAGGGAAUCGAGGAUUAACUGUUCAGUUUUGGUCUGAUUUGAAGGCAUCAAGUGUCAGUGACUUGCUGAUAAUAAAUUUUGAUCAAGUGACAAAUACAACUUUACAAGAAGCAUAUCUUUACGAACCAGAAUUUAUACCAAAAGAUUUAUUUAACGGGACAGGAAUAAUUCGUCUUUCAAUGAUAUUUGUACCUCCGAAAAAUUCUUAUUAUCAAUUCAUAAUUACUUCAGCUAAUACAUAUGCUCUUCUUGGUGGGGGAAUUAAUGAAACUCUGACACAAAUGACUAUAACAAACAGUCGAACAAAUUCCAUUUACUUAAACAGAAAUGAACACUUCUUACUUGAACUUCGAAGUAUAAUUUCUCAACCAACAGCUGUUGUACGUUUAUGUGCUUCUUUAUCAAAUACAAGUUUAAAUUACCAACAACUCAAAAUAUCAAAACCAACAUCCUAUUUGAUAUCAAUUAAAUCAAAUGCGAAUUCAGAGAAACAAGUCAUAGAUCAUUCAGCUCUGGUGAACUCAUCAAUUAUACCAAUAGCUGAGAUCCAAACAAUCAGUAUACCAACGGCUGCUACACAGUAUAAGCUGUGUUUAUUUUAUUCGUGUACAUCGCCUUUUCCAGUCCAAAAUCCAAACGUUGAUUUAAUUAGUCAAGAGAUUAGUGAAAAAUUGAACGGUUCUUCUAUGAAAACAAAAGUCGUACAAAUAACUAAUGAUUAUUUGGUUCUUCAAAUAACUUUUCCUGAAGAGUUUGGUGAUAUGCCACUGUUGAAUGUACAAAGCUUUCCGGAAACAAUCAACAAAUCACAGGUUAAUGAAACUGUACAAGGUAUGACAGGAUUUUCAAAGACAAUUAGACCAUCCUAUGGCGGUAUGUACUCAUAUAUGACCUAUACACUUGACAGUACUGAAAAUGAAAUUCGACUAGCAUAUCUCAAUCUUGGCUCAUCAUGGUGUCCUUCUAAGUUGAUUAACCCUACAUUUAAAUAUGCAGUUUUAGAUGAUUUCGAAACAUCAACACUUAGUACUGUUACAACAGAAACGGUUGCAUUUUGUGGUCGACAAUCUGCUUUAAAUUUAUUUACCUACCAAUUUGCUCAACUUAUCUCGGUUAACACCAAUCCUUAUUUAUGUUUUGCAAUAAAAGGAAAAACGAGAAACAGUAUAAAUUUCUUAUACAAUGCUAUUGGUGUAACAUCUCGUUUAUUGAAACAAACAUUAACCUAUUCAAUUGAUCUUACACAGCAAGAUGAAAAUUCUUGGAAAUUCAAAUGUAUUAAUGUACUACAAUUACUUCGUACAGAUCCACGCAAUAUAAAUGCAACAAUUUUUCAACUUGAAUCUUUUUCUAUACCACCAAGAAAGAAAUUUUACGAGUUGGAAUAUACUUUGUUCUUAGAUACAGUAUACAUGGGAACAAAACCAAUUUCCGAUAAUCCAGACGACGUUGUUACGUGGCCACGAUUUCCAAAAGAUAUAUUCAGUGAUAUUAAAAUAACAAAGAAUUUGUCAACAUUCGGUGUGUUCACAAUUGAAAUAAUAACAAAAUCAUGUAGAACCAAUUUUGAACUGUUUGGUUUAACUGGUGUGAAUAUGCCAAAUGACAAUAAAACUAUUGAUAGAACAGUAAUACUUCGAGAUGAAAGAUGGCCAGUAAAUAUUCAAAGUUCCAUAACACUAAUUCAAUCAGCCUCACCACCUAUUGACGGAAAUUUCAUCUUAUCCUUUAAAGGAGUACCUACUUCACGUAUACCAGCAAAGUACAUGGAGCCAAGUGUCAUCGAAAGAUUAUUAAAUUUACAUCCAUUAAUGGGUACUGUACGUGUUAGUAGAUAUGGAUGGUGUAGAAGUUUUCAAUAUAAUUUUUGGCUUGAAAGUUUACCUGGUGACCAACCUGAAAUAUCAGUGAUGAAUGAAACAAGACUUAUUGGUGAUUCACCGCAGAUUACUAUACGUAAGUCUGCUAUUGGAGAAUUAGUUAUGUGUCCGAUAUCAGGGGACAUGGUAGCAACAAAACACUCUGUUCCACAGGUUAGAUUAUACAUUGAUAAUUUCCCAGCCUACUGUAAAUCGUCAUGUGAUCACCAGUUUGUUGAUUUAUCAAGCCCUGUUGUAACCAAUUCAAUAGUACAAAUAACUAAUAAUAAUCUGACGUUGAUUUUAAAUGGAACAGAUUUUAUUGCCAACUCACCAAACUCUUAUGAAUUAUUUCUUAUGUUCAAUGAAGAACUUGUAUUAAAACAACAACCAUUUCUUACUACUACAACAAAUUUAUACUUUUUUAAUCAAGAUUUUAAUGUUAUUCCAUCUGGAUUACUUACGGGUCGAUUACGUUUAAUUGACAAAGGAUUUAUAAACGGUCCAAUAAACAUUGAAUUAGGCACGGAAGGUAGUGAAAUUAAAGAUAUUGUACAGACUGGAAUUUUUGACGAUGGAAAAGAAUAUCUAAGAAUAACUGGAUCACGUUUUCUUCCAAAUCAUUCAUCAGCAUAUUUUGAUGACAUACCAUGUAAAAUAAUAAAUAUGACAACAACUGAAAUAAACUGUUUACUGCCUAUAUCUGAACUUUCUGGUCAAAAACUAGUAAAAAUUCAGCAACACAGUAGUAUGAUUUCCAAAACAGAAGAUUUUACUGCAAUACAAGCCAACGGACCAGUCAUUACAUCUGUUGAACAAACACAAAUCGCUUCAGUUUCUGGUACUACACAAAUUAUUAUAAAUGGUCUUCGGUUCACUCCUACAAUGUUGAUUUUUGUUGGUGGAGUAAAAGUGGAAAACUUUACAUUUGUUAAUGAAACACAAAUAAUCAUACUGGCACCUGCACAAAAAAUAAAUGGUGAAAAAACAAUCUCAUUAUAUGGUUCAUCUAAUGUUUUAAUAAAAUCUGAUUUUUCAGUGACUUAUAAAUUUGAAAUAGCUGAUAUAAGGCCACAAAUUGGUAGUUUUGUUGGUGGACAAAUUGUAAACAUAGUCGGUGAAGGUUUCAAUGACGAUGUGAAAGUUUUUAUGAAACCAAUUACUGUCGAAAAUCAACUAUGUAAUGAUCGACCUCGUGCUGAAUGUGAAAUACUGUCUAAAAGUUCUACAACAAUACAAUGCAAAACCACAUCCAUGGUUAAAACCCAUUAUAUUCUCGACAAUGGAAUUGAUUCAGUACGUGGUUUAGGCUAUGAAUGGCAACCGAAAGCACUAACAAUAAUUCAAGGUGAUAGUGUGGUGUGGAUUUGGAAUACAAGUACUCGUGUAAAUCCUUUAAUGAUAGCUGAAAUAUCUGGUCUCGAAGAUUUAACUCCAUCCGGCUCUGGAUUUCAUAGUGGUGAACCAACACAAAAUGGUGUAUACAGAUUUAAUUUUACACAACCUGGAACUUAUUAUUAUACAUCAUCUGAUGAAUUUUUAAUGACGGGUAUUAUAGAAGUGAAAGCAUUUGAUGAUUGUAUGACUGAAGUGAUCGUGGAAACAAAUUAUUCAACAGCUAUUCAUACAAAUAUUCCAGAUACUCUAUACUGGGAUUCAUUGACAACCUGUGAAGGUGGUUUCACUUGUCAGAUAUUAACAAAGCCAUCCGAGUUACUUACAAAGCAUGGAUUUGUUUAUCGAGGUUGUGCAACACCAAUAGUAUCUUCAUUCAGUCCAUUUAACAUUUAUGCUGGAAGUAAGAUUACAGUUUCUUCUCCUGUAUUAGCUAAUUGUGUGGAUCAGUUAAUGAUCAAUGUUGGCGGGGCUGAUUGUACACAACCUGUUCAAGAUAUUAAUGAUUCAGAAUCUAUUGAAUGUGAUUUAAGUGAAGAACAAGUUAUUUCAGCUGGUCUAUUAACUGGACAACCCUUAAAACCAUGUAUUUCACAUAAUCAUCUUGGAUUUGCACUUUUACAUGUUUCUACAAAUGAAUUUGAACAAUAUGCAUUUUUUUGGCCUGGAAUUAAUUGUGAUAAAACAUAUGGUAAUGGUAGUAUUUAUGGUGGUGGACAAUUAAUUGUAUAUGGUUCUGGAUUUGAUCCUAUUUAUAAAAAUUUCAAUAAAAUUACAUUUAAUAAUGAAAAAGAAUGUUCAAUUAUAGAAGUUACAUCAGGUUAUAUCAAAUGUUUAGUACCAAUACCGGAUAAUACAAUAAUUGAAUCAAAUUUAAAUGUUACUAUACAAGUUCAAAUAAAAUCAAGAAAUCAAAAUGAUUGGAUAGAUACUCAACAUACUACUCAUAGUGAUUGUUUAUAUUCAUAUGAUAUAACAGCAACACCAAUUAUAAAAAAUAUUGAACCACGUGAAAUAAUCAAUACUAAUCAAACUCUUACCAUUUAUGGAAGUAAUUUAUUAUUAUCCAAUGAAAAUUAUACAAAUCUACAAAUUACUCUUGAUAAUACCCCUUGUAUAAUCGAUAUCCAAUCAAUUUCUAUUAAUAAAUUAUCAUGUCAAUUAAUGAAUUCAUUAUCAUCUGGUUAUGUAACAUUGAAUUUAUUUCAUGAAAUACGCGGUUAUUCAAAAUAUGAAACUAAUUUAACAAUAAAAAGUCAAAUUACAUUUUAUACAAUUUAUCCAUUAGAAGGAAGUUUUGCCGGUGGUACAAUUAUAAAAUUAAAUGGAAAUGGUUUAAAUGAUCCAACAAUUAAAAUUUUAUUCAAUUUAAAAGAAUGUCAAAUUAUAAAUGAGAAGAAUAGAACAGUGAAUGAAAUUUAUUGUCGUACACCGGAACAAUUAAAUUAUAUACAAUUAAAUAAUUAUAAAGUAUCCAUUAAUUUAUCUAAUGGUUUAUUCAUAACAAAUGAAUAUACAUAUGUUGAUAUGAAAACACCAAAAGUAAUAAAUAUUACAAUGAAUUCAAUAAAUAAUAAUAAUGGUACAUUAAUUACUCAAUUAAACAUAAAUGGUAGUAUGCUUAAUGGAGAUAAUAAUACACAAAUGAAAAUGACUGAAGUUAAAUUAAAUCAAACAUUAUGUACUAUAGUAACUAUACAAAAUGAUUAUAUUCAAUGUUAUAUAGUGAAUUUACCAAGUGGAAUGUAUCAACUUAUUGUUGAUACACCAGUUUAUGGUUAUGCUUUAUCAGAAAAUAAUAUUAAUAUUAAUUUUAGUUUAAAUUCAAUUAGUCCUAAUUCAGGCGGAACAGAAGGAGGCCAAUUAGUGGAGAUUCAAGGGAUAGGAAUGGAUGUUGGACGAAGUACUGUUACAAUAUGUGAUCAAGACUGUCCAAUAGUUGGUGGGAGUUCACUUGCACUUAAGUGUAUUACGCCUAAAUUAUCUACACUGAACAUAAAGAUGUGUGAUGUUACAGUGACAGUUCCUACUAUUGAUAAUGUAUUACAAAAAAAAUUAAUUGGAGCAUUCAAAUAUGAUGUGGAUCUUUCACCAAGAAUAAUCAGUGUAGAUCCAUUAAUUGGAGGCACUGGUGGAGGUACAAUCCUUACCAUAAUUGGUACUUUAUUUGAUGAAUCUACUACGGUUAAUGUUGGCGGUAUUGACUGUCAAUUAAUAUCACUGAAUAAUACUGUCAUUGUAUGUCAAACUUGUGAACAUAACGGAAGCGCAAAAGUACCCGUUGAAGUGACCGUUGAAAAUAAUGGCAAAGCAUCUGGAGAUUUCACAUUUUACUAUGUGGAUCGUUGGUCAAGUCAAUUCACUUGGAAUAAUCAACCAAUUCCUGUUGAAAAUGAUUUUGUUGUUAUUAAUGCAAAUCAAAAUAUCAUGUUAGAUGUAGAUACACCAGUUUUAUCAAUGCUACUUAUUAAUGGUGGUACAUUGUUCUUUGAUCCAACAAAAAAUAUACAAUUAAAUUCAAAAUAUAUAUUAAUACUAAACAAUGGAAAAUUUCUAAUUGGAUCACCAGAAGAACCCUACACUAAACAGGCUACGAUAACAUUACAUGGACAUGUCCGAGAAAAAGAACUACCUUUGUACGGUGCUAAAGUUUUAGCGCUACGUAAUGGUACAAUCAGUAUACAUGGUAAACCAAGAAUUAUUACAUGGACACGAUUAGCAAAAACAGCUGAACCUGGUACAAAUAAACUAAUACUAGAACAUCCAGUUGACUGGCAACCUGGAGAACAUAUUAUUAUUACGUCUACUGGAGGAAAAUCAUCACAUAAUGAAUCUGAAGAACAUAUCAUUCAAGAAAUGUCAGCAGAUAAUCUUACAAUUACGUUGGUUUCACCAUUAGCUUAUAAAAAGUUAUCAGUGAAAAAAAUUUAUUCAAAUGGUGUUAUUGGAAAUUUCGCUGCUGAAGUAGGUUUAUUAAGUAGAAAUAUUUUAAUACGUGGAACAGAAGAACCAGUUGUCUCAUCAAGUGUACCAAAAUGUCCAAGUGAUUUUAGUACAGAUCAAUUUGCAACUCAUACAUGUAUAAUAGGUAGUCCAGAUGAACAAUUGGGUGCAAAUGAAUAUGGAGGACAUGUACAUAUUGGUGGUCCAUUCGUAGAUAGUGGUGCAGUUAAUGUUUAUAUAUCACAUACUGAAUUUUAUUUUAUGGGUCAAGCCUAUCGUCUUGGUCGAUAUCCCAUACAUUUUCAUUUAAAUGGCUUAAUGAAUGGGUCUUAUGUACGUGGUUGUUCUAUACAUAAAACUUUUAAUCGUGCUAUUAAUAUUCAUAAUACACAUGAAGUAUUGAUAGAAAAUAAUGUAGUUUAUGAUGUAAUGGGUGGUGCAUUUUUCUUAGAAGAUGGUAUUGAACAUGGAAAUUUAAUUCAAUAUAAUCUAUUUGUACAUGUUAAACGUACCAGUAGUCUAUUAAAUGAUGAUGUAGUACCAGCGGCAUUUUGGAUUACACAACCAAAUAAUACAGUACAACAUAAUGUUGCUGCAAGUGGAACACAUUUUGGAUUUUGGUAUCGUAUGUUAGAAAAUCCAAGUGGACCAUCAACCACCACAAGCAUUUGUCCACGUAAAAUUCCUUUAGGAAUAUUUGAAAAUAAUACAGCGCAUAGUAAUGGAUGGUUUGCAUUAUGGAUUCAUGAGAGUUUUUUCCCAACAAAAACUGGAACUUGUGGAACAACGAAAUGGGAUAAGGCUGUAUUCCGCAAACUUACUGCAUGGAAUAAUAAUAAAGGACCAGAGUGUGUUAAUUGUGGUGGUGUACAAUUUGAAGAUAUGUUAUUAGUGAAUAAUGACGAGGCAGCAAUAGAAGGAAAACGUCUUAUGAAUGGAAAUUUAUAUGAUCCGACAACUGGUCCUUUGUAUAGGAAUAGUACAAUUGUUGGUUAUGAACCUGAUCUUAAUAAUGGAACUUCUGACUGUCAUACUAGAGCAGUUAUUUUGCCAUGGGCACCUGGUUUAACUAUUGAAAAUAUGGUAAUGAAAAAUUUCAAUAGUCAAAAUUGCACAGCGAUUCAUGGAACUGUAAUUACAUGUCAAUGUAGAAAACUUUGUGGUGGAUAUGAAUAUUUAUUUAAAGAUAUGAAAUGGGAGGAUACCAAUAAUCGAGCUGAAUUUCGGUGGCAUGGUGAUUUCAGUCUUCGUGAUGUAGAUGGAUCAUUGACAGAUGGUAUUCCAAAUGUUCCAAAACUUCCUGGAUCUUUGGUCGUAGGCAAAGCAAAUCAUUUACCUACUGACAAAUGUGGUCCAAGUGCUCCAGGAGCUGGUGAUCUUGGGAGUGCUUUUGGUCAAGGCGCAGUUCCAGGUGUUCGUUGCCUACCUGAUGUUACAGCAUUAAGGUAUGCUGUUGAUCAAACAAAUCCACCAGUACUUAUGGGAAGCAAUAUGACUGUUACACUACUUGACGGUGGGACAGAAGAAGUGCCCUUCAAAUCUGAAGCUCUUACUGACAAACAAGGGUGGAUGACUACGUUAGUAAAUAACAGAACUUAUAUUGUCAAUUGGGACGCGAGAUCAUUGUUUACCAACUUUAGUUAUAUUGGUUACCUGGAAAAUUUCAGGCAAUCCGACUAUGUUAUAAUCCGUCAUAUGGGCAUGGAUGUUAAACCAGAUAGGGUUCAAGUUCUCUCUGGUCAAACACCUAAACAACCAAUAGCUGAACCUUUGGAUCCAUCUGUACAUGAUAAUGGUGAAGUGUUUUAUAAUGAAACUGGGAAAUAUAUUGAAUAUUUAGCUUAUGAUUCCUAAAGGAACAUGGUUGGUACUUGAUACAUCAAUUAAUAUAAAAAUGAAUAAUAUCACAAUAUAUGGAACACUUGAAGUCGAUUCAGGAACAAGUCAAGAUCAACGAUUCUAUAAAUUAGCAUUUAAACAAAUGUUAAUUAUUGGAGGUCAAUUUUUAGCUGGAUCACUUCUUGAAAAACCAUUGAUAAAUGCAACACUUGAAUUAACUUUACUUGGUACUAUAUCUGAUGAAUUUAUCAGUUUAGAUGGACCAGUAAUUGGACCUAAAUCAAUUGGUGUUUAUGGAAUAAUGAGUAUGCAUGCAGUACCCAAAACUGUAAGAUGGACCACUCUUAAAUUAACAGCUAAUGCUGGAGAUAAUCAAUUGUAUCUUACUGAUCCAGUAAUAGAUUGGUUGCCAGGCGAUCGUAUAGUUAUCGCUACAACUAGCAUGAAUUACAAACAAUCAGAAGUUGGUGUAAUUGCUUCCGUUUCGUCGGAUCGAAUGAUAAUCACACUUGUAGACAAAUUAAUAAAUACUCAUGUCGCAUACAAUCAAACCUACGGUGAUCACAAAUUUAUAUUAGGCGCAGAAGUUGGUUUGAUGAAAUCAAAUAUUAUUAUCCAAGGUGAUGAUCAAAGUGUCAAUACUAAAUUUGGCGGAAGAAUCUUGAUUUCACAAACUUUAUACGAAGGUGAUAUUUUAUAUGGGCAAUUAAAAUUAUCAGGUGUACAUUUCUAUCGAAUGGGUCAAAAAGAUUUUAAUACUGUAACAGAUGCACGUUUCCCUAUUGCAUUUAUUAGUGCUGGUGAUAUGAAUAAUAUAUCAUAUAUAAAAUCAUGUUUAUUUGAAAAUUCUUUAUCAACAGCUUUAGGAGGAUUUGCAACUACAGGAUUAUAUAUGGAAAAUAAUAUCUUUUAUAAAACAUUGGGUUCUGCAAUAUGGUUAACAGAUGGAAAUCAUAAAUUAAUACAUAAUCUUCUUAUUGAAUCAAUCUGGUCUGGAGAACUAACAACUGAUAAUCAAAAUCUUGGUAUUUUGUUUGAAGCUGCAUUAGAUAUUAAACAAGCUAGUGAUUUAAUUCUACAAAGGAAUUCAAUUGCAGGAGCUGAACGUCUUUGUGUUUAUACUCAAGGUAAUCCAUGUGGUGAAAGUUCUACAACCAUUUGGGAGAAAAAUAUCAUACAUUCGUGUUUAAUCGGGAUUAUGCAGUUAAAAACACAGUACAAUUGUACCCUCAUUUCUAAUGCUCAAAUAUAUUCAGUUAGUCAAUUUCCGGUAUAUUGGAAAACAGCUUCAGCUAUUCAAGCCAAUAAUUUACAACUAGUCGAUAACGCUGGAGGUAUAUAUCCAUUCACUGGUUUGCCUGGAGGACGUAGUCAUGAGAUCAGCAAAAAAACUUUCCUAUUUAAUAAUUCAUUAUUAGUUGGCCGUAGUGGAAUUCAAACAUGUGACGACCGUCCGGAUACAAAUGCUAUUAAACUUGGAUCGGAACUUCUAGGACCUACUGCACCUGACGGUAAUGGUUAUCUCGGUAUGACUAGUGCACAAUUUAUGAGUGGAACUGGUGAACCAGAGAAAGGCAAACUAGUGAGUUGGAUGGAAGAUUUUUCCAACGGUGGAGCAGCAUACUUGUCAAAUUUAACAAUAGCAAAUUACAGUACUAUAUGCAAUGGAAAAAGAGAUUAUGUUUGGAGAACAGCUACACCUAAUGAAGAUGGUGUAUUUCCAACUUAUUUUAUGGGUACAAAAACUAUAUCAGUUGAUAUGGAUAGUAUUGUUUAUUAUGAUAGACCACUUUUAGCUAACGUCCGAUUCGAUAAAUGCAAUGAUAUGGAAUGUGAUGGUUUAAAAAAAGUUCUUGUUAUUGAUAAAGAUGGUGGGUUAUUUGGUCAGCCUAGUGUUAUAGUACCACAAUCAGAAUGGCAAUAUAAUCUCAAUCCUUUGUAUGGUGUUGGUGAUAAUCGUAUACCUUCAAGGAUGUUAACUAAAGUUGAUGGAACAUCUAUUAAUCCUACAAUACAAUGGCCUAACAAAGGUAUUAUUCGUGAUAAUUCAUGUAUUUAUAUGCCUAAAAUGCAAGCAUACAAAUGCAGUAAAGCAUUAGACCAUAAAGUAUUACUGAUUGAAUCAAUGGAUCCAGAUGCAUUGGAACGUAGACUCUCGCCGAUCGCGUUUGCAACUGAUGGUUUAUCUGCAAAUUACAUAGAUUUAAUAAAUGGUCCAAGUGAUCAUGGAGUAUGCUCAAGUUAUGCGUGUUUAAAACGUAUGAGUACAUUUAUGUCUAUUGUUGCACGUCAAAAAAAUUUUGUUAUGUAUAUGACUAGUACACCUCCACAAGAAUUACGUUUACGUUUACCACAAGCUGAUCCAGAUUAUGCUGUACGUCUUGGAAUUGAUUAUUUCACUGCUGGAAGACUUGAUGUUUAUGUGAAUGGAGUGUAUAUGAAAGCAAAAAAUGCUAUAACAAAUAAUUUAGUAAGUUAUGAUUUUAUAUGAUUGAUAAUGUAUUUAUUGAUUCGCAAAAUU